AUGGACCAAUCUAAAGAAAACUGCAUUGCAGGGCCUUUUAAGACUACGAUUGCACUCACUGAUGGUCCAAAACAUGUUCAGGUGACUCAGCAAAUUCCUUCUCAGAAUCCGUUAUCUGCAAAUAGUGGCCAGGGCCAGCAGGUCUUGUGUCCUUCAAAUUCCUCCCAGCGAAUUCCUCCACAAGCACAAGAGCUCAUCUCCAGCCAUAAACCAGUUCAGAAUCUGAAGCAGAAGCAAUUGCAGGCAACCAGUCUUCCCCGUCCUGUCUCUAGGCCACUGAAUAAUACCCCAAAGAAUGAGCAGCCGUCAUCAUCAGCCCCUGGAAAUAAUUCUGAAAAGGAACUGGCAACAAAAUAGAAAAAUGAAGAAUCAAAAAAAAGGCAAUGGGCUUUGGAAGAUUUUGAAAUUGGUCGUCCACUGGGUAAAGGAAAGUUUGGUAAUGUUUACUUGGCAAGAGAAAAGCAAAGCAAGUUUAUCCUGGCUCUUAAAGUAUUAUUUAAACCUCAACUGGAGAAAGCAGGAGUUGAGCAUCAGCUGAGAAGAGAAGGAGACAUACAGUCCCACCUUAGGCAUCCAAAUAUCCUCAGACUGUAUGGUUAUUUCCAUGAUGCCACCAGAGUUUACCUAAUUCUAGAAUAUGCACCUCUCAGAGCUGUCUACAGAGAACUUCAGAAACUGUCAAAGUUUGAUGAGCAGAGAACUGCUACUUAUAUCACAGAGUUGGCAGAUGCCCUGUCCUACUGUCACUCAAAGAGAGUCAUUCAUAGAGACAUUAAGCCAGAGAACCUACUUCUUGGAUCGGCUGGAGAGCUUAAGAUUGCAGAUUUUGGGUGGUCAGUACAUGCCCCAUCCUCCAGGAGAACCACCCUCUGUGGCACCCUGGAUUACUUGCCCCCAGAAAUGAUUGAAGGCCGAAUGCAUGAUAAGAAGGUGGAUCUCUGGAGCCUUGGGGUUCUUUGCUAUGAAUUUCUAGUUGGAAAGCCUCCUUUUGAGGCAAGCACAUACCAAGAGACCUACAAAAGAAUAUCGUGGGUUGAGUUCACAUUCCCUGACUUCAUGCCGGAGGGAGCCAGGGACCUCAUUUCAAGACUGUUGAAACAUAAUCCCAGCCAAAGGCCGACUCUCAAAGAAGUACUUGAGCACCCCUGGAGCACAUCAAAUUCAUCAAAACCAUCAAGUAGCCAAAAAAGCAAAGAAUCAACUAGCAAACAAUCUUAA